AUGACAGAGGCGAUUGGCACCAAGAGAAGGUUAUCCAAUACCAGUGGGCACCCAGAUCCUGUCGCUACUUCGAUCCCAGAACAUGCCGCUGAAGCAGCUGAAGAAUAUUCAAAGACUCACCCAGCUCCUCCAAAGGAACCUUUAAUUCAUCACGAUGCAGGUGAGUUCAACGGGUUAACACGCCAUAACACUACAGCGGCUCAAGCAGAGGUAUUAGAAGAUUCUAAAGUUAAUCCUUUUACAGGUAAUGAAUUUUCAUCAAAAUAUUUUGGUAUUUUAAAGACUAGACGUGACUUGCCUGUUCAUGCUCAAAGAGAUGAAUUUUUAAAAAUUUAUCAACAAAAUCAAAUUAUGGUUUUUGUUGGUGAAACAGGUUCCGGUAAGACUACACAAAUUCCACAAUUUGUUUUAUUCGAUGAAAUGCCACACUUACUAAAUACUCAAGUUGCAUGUACCCAACCUCGUCGUGUGGCCGCAAUGUCUGUUGCUCAAAGAGUUGCCGAAGAAAUGGAUGUCAAAUUAGGUGAAGAAGUUGGUUACUCCAUUAGAUUCGAAAAUAAAACAACUAACAAGACCAUUUUAAAAUAUAUGACUGAUGGUAUGCUUCUAAGAGAAGCUAUGGAAGACCAUGACUUAAAACGUUACUCUUGUAUUAUCUUAGAUGAAGCGCAUGAACGUACUUUAGCCACUGAUAUAUUAAUGGGUUUAUUAAAAGAAGUCAUUAAGAGAAGAUCUGAUCUAAAGAUCAUUAUUAUGUCUGCUACUUUAGAUGCCGAGAAAUUCCAACGUUACUUUAAUGACGCUCCACUAUUAGCUGUCCCAGGUAGAACUUACCCAGUUGAAAUUUAUUACACUCCAGAAUUUCAAAGAGAUUAUCUAGAUUCCGCAAUUCGUACUGUUUUACAAAUUCAUGCAACUGAAGAGGCUGGUGAUAUAUUAUUAUUUUUAACAGGUGAAGACGAAAUUGAAGAUGCUGUCAGAAAAAUAUCUUUAGAAGGUGAUCAAUUAAUAAGAGAAGAAGGUUGCGGCCCAUUGUCCGUUUAUCCACUGUACGGUUCUUUACCACCACACCAACAACAGCGUAUUUUCGAACCUGCUCCUGAAUCACAUAAUGGUAGACCAGGUAGAAAGGUUAUUAUCUCAACUAACAUUGCUGAAACUUCAUUGACCAUUGAUGGUAUCGUUUAUGUUGUUGAUCCAGGUUUUUCUAAACAAAAAGUUUACAAUCCAAGAAUCAGAGUUGAAUCACUAUUGGUUUCUCCAAUUUCCAAAGCUUCUUCGCAACAAAGAGCUGGUCGUGCUGGUCGUACUAGACCAGGUAAAUGUUUUAGAUUAUACACUGAAGAAGCUUUCAAGAAGGAAUUAAUCGAGCAAAGUUAUCCUGAGAUUUUACGUUCUAAUUUAUCAUCAACAGUUUUGGAAUUAAAAAAAUUAGGGGUUGAUGAUUUGGUUCAUUUUGAUUUUAUGGAUCCACCAGCCCCUGAAACUAUGAUGAGAGCUUUAGAAGAAUUAAAUUAUUUAGCCUGUUUAGAUGACGAAGGUAAUUUAACCCCAUUAGGUAGAUUGGCAUCCCAAUUUCCUUUGGAUCCAAUGCUUGCAGUAAUGUUGAUUGGUUCUUCAGAAUUUAAUUGUUCGCAAGAAAUACUAACCAUUGUUGCUAUGUUAUCAGUUCCAAACGUAUUCAUGCGUCCUCCUAAGGAUAGAAAACGUGCUGAUGAUGCUAAAAAUGCAUUUGCUCAUCCAGAUGGUGACCACAUUACCUUAUUAAAUGUUUACCAUGCCUUCAAAUCUGAUGAAGCUUAUGAAGCUGGUAUUAAGAAAUGGUGUCGUGAUAACUUCUUAAACUUCAGAGCUUUAUCUGCUGCUGACAAUAUCCGUGCUCAAUUAGAAAGAUUGAUGAUACGUCAUAAUCUUGAUUUGAAUACCACUGAUUAUGAAAGUUCUAAAUACUUUGAUAAUAUUAGAAAAGCUUUGGCUUCCGGUUUCUUUAUGCAAGUUGCCAAGAAAAGAUCCGGUGGUAGAGGUUAUAUAACUGUCAAGGAUAACCAAGAUGUUUUAAUUCAUCCAAGUACUGUUUUAGGUCAUGAUGCUGAAUGGGUUUUAUACAAUGAAUUCGUACUAACAAGCAAAAAUUACAUAAGGACAGUCACAUCUGUUAGACCGGAGUGGUUAGUAAAAUUAGCUCCUGCAUACUUUGAAUUGGAUAAUUUUCAAAAUGGUGAUGUAAAGCUUUCUUUGGAAAGAGUUCAAGAAAAGGUUCAAAGAAUGGAUGAACUAAAUUCUGAAAAAUCUAGUAAACAUUCUAAAAAAAGCAAGAAAGAAAAGCAUUAA